ACCACGCUGACCGUUUUGUGGUUUUAUGUUCGAUUACUUUGCAAACUGGAUGAAUGUCUAAUUUUUUUCUUUUUAACAUUUUUUUUUUUGUAAACGUCGACAGUCAAGAAUUGUAAAAUGUUCCUGAAACGUUUAUCGGAUUAAAAGAUUUGUAGUAAUUUUUUAUAAUCAAUUUUCAUUUUUUACAGAAAAUAAUCCGUAAAUAGUGUGAAUAUAUCGUUGUAAAGUGGCCGUGGGAAACUUGAAAAUGUUCCCACGUUACUAUUGCGAUAGUAUGCGUAGUGUGUGUGUGUGAAAUUCCUAAAUGUAAAGAUGAACGGUCACGGGCAAGAACACGGUCAUGCAGUAGUAGUUUGGGAAUGGGAAAAUCGUCAUGGGCGAUGGAGACCAUAUAGUCCAGCAGUAUCUCAACACCUUGAAAGAGCUCAUUGUAAAAAACUCACAAGAGUCUUCCUUAACGAUGCCGAUCCUAGUUUGGAAAGGUAUUAUAUUAAUUUGAAGACCAAGAUGCAAUGCAGUGAUGAUGGAGAUGAAACGCAUAAUGUAAGAAGAAAAUUUUAUCAUCCUGUUUCACCGGCAGGGAAAGGUGCUAAAUGGGAAUGGGCUGGAGAUACCGACGAUUGGCAUACUUACGAUAUGGAAGUACAGUGUCUUAUCGAAGAAGCCUGGGCACGAGGUGACAAGACUAUUGAUGUUUCUAAGACUUAUUUAGGUUUUCCAUAUAUCAUCAAUUUUUGUAAUCUGACUCAAGUUCGUUGUUGUACCGGCUAUGUAAGACCUAUUCGUCGUGUUCAACAAGCACCUUAUCCAUUGGUUAAAGUUGCUUUAGAAGAAUUACAAAUUGCUACUGGGAAAAAGGGCACUUCUGUGACGGUUAAAAGUUCAAGUAAAAUGAUCCAUAAGAAAACGUCUAACAGUAGUACCAAAAAAAAUAAUAAAAAAAGCAAAAGUGGAGAUACAGGCCCUUCCAAUAUUGCAAGAGUUAUUUUAAAUAAUUUCAACAUAUUUAGUAACAAACAUAACAUUGACAAUAAUGAUUCUAUUACGACUGUUGAAACUUCUGAUAAAACAAAAACAUGGGACAGUGUUUUGGAUGUAGAUUCCAGUAGUACAAAAAGCGGUCGUAGACCUAGUGUUGACACUGUAUCAACGUAUUUGAGUCAUGAAAAUCCUGUGGAUUUGUUAGACAGUAGUAUGGGAAGUGAUGAUGCAUUCAAAGAAUCUAAUUUUGGCGUAGAUACAACAUCAGACGUAAUAUCUCAGUAUGUAAAAGUAGUUGAAAGUGAUGAUUCCGAUUCAUGUCCUGUAUGUUUAGGCAGUCCUGAACCUCUGACAGUAGAAUUAACUCGUUGCAAACAUAGAUUACACUUAGCAUGUCUAAAUGCAAUGCUUAGUUGUCAACAACCACCUAUGUACAUACAAUGUCCAGUGUGUAGACUAAUAUACGGAGAGAAAAGGGGUAAUCAACCACCAGGUACUAUGAACUGGACAAGGAUACCAAGAUCUUUACCUGGUUUCCCAAAAACUAAUACAAUACAGAUAACAUAUGACAUUCCAUCUGGAGUUCAAGGAUCAGAACAUCCAAAUCCUGGCCAAGCAUAUUACGCUGUUGGUUUUCCAAGAGUUUGUUAUUUACCAGAUAAUAACUUAGGUCGUAGAGUAUUAAGACUGUUACAAAUUGCAUUUGAACGAAGACUGAUAUUCACAAUUGGACGAUCUAUAACUACCGGUCGUGAAGAUGUAAUAACAUGGAAUGAAAUUCAUCAUAAGACUGAAUUAGGUCCAUCUACGUCUGGUCAUGGUUAUCCUGAUACAAGUUACCUCGAAAGAACUCUAGCAGAGUUGGCAGCUCAAGGUGUAACAGAUGGAUAAUAUAUGUUAAAGUUACAUUAUAAAAACGUAUAUUCAAAUACUACGAACAGAUCUAUUGAAAUUAUAUUACGUGAAAAAUAUUUUUAUACAGUCUUGGAACCAAAAUUUAAAAAAAAGAAAAAGAA